AUGCCUGUUGCUUAUAAAAACUUACCUAGUGCUUUAACUGGUGGAAACAAUUUCCAUGUUGAUCCGAAGGGAAAAAUCACAUUAUCUGAAUCAACAAAAGCUAAAUUAAAUGAACAAUCAAUUCCUUAUUUACCAACAUGGAAUAAAAAUGAAAAAUAUGAACCAUACGAAUUUGUUGAAUACCACGACAAAGCCUUAAAAGCUGAUAAAAAUUUACCAAAUUUAUUUCCAAAAGGUUCCAAAUACGAGAUAGAAAAUCUUUCACCUAAAUUUGGGAGUGAAAUCAAAGGUAUUCAAUUGAGUGAAUUAAAUGAUGCUGGUAAAGAUGAACUUGCUUAUCUUGCUUCCCAAAGAGGGGUUUUAGUAUUUAGAGAUCAAGACUUAAUAAGUAAAGGUCCAAAAGAAUUUACAGAUUAUGUUAGAUAUUAUGGUGAACUUCAUAUUCAUCCAGCUUCAGGUGCUCCAAAAGAUGUUCCGGAUGUUCAUAGUGUUCUUACUGGUAACACCACUAAUGAUCCUUUUGCUAAUAGAAAUCGUUUAGUUCAAAUUCAUUCCGAUGUUAGUUAUGAAUUAAAUCCAACUGUUGUUUCUUUCUUGGCUGUUACAAAUAAUCCAAAAUCUGGUGGUGGUGAUACUUUAUUUAUUGAUAAUAGAGAAGCUUAUAACCGUUUAUCUCCAUUGUUUAAAGAAAAAUUAAGUGAUUUAUAUGCUGUGCAUAGUGCUGUUGAUCAAGCUAAUCAAGCAAUUGUUAAAGGUGGUGUUGUCAGGAGACAUCCAGUUGAGAAUAUUCAUCCAGUUGUUAGAACCACCACAUCAGGUCAAAAAGUAUUAUAUGUUAAUAGUGGGUUCACAAAAAAUAUCGUGGGACUUAAAGCAGAGGAAAGCGAUUUUUUAUUAGACUUCCUUCUCCAACAUAUUAGUAAUGGUCACGACUUUCAGAUAAAGGCUCUGUACAAACCUGAUACAGUGAUCGUGUUCAAUAACAGUCUUGUAUCACACUCAAGUAUUUUGGACUUUGAGACUGAAGAUCCGCGUUUGAUUAUUCGUGUUGCUGCUAAAGGUGAACGUCCUGUUCAUGAUUUAAAAGAUUUAAAUAAACCUGAUCAAAAUAUUCUUUAUGAAGGACCAGAAUAUUUAGGUCCAAAAUUGGAAGAUCUUAAAUUGAAUUAG